CUCCCAGAGUGCUGCUGCAAAUACAAGAUGAGGGAAUGAACUAACGCGCAGCAGCCAUAUUGAUCACACAAUGACAGUUACCUAGCUGUAAUCCCCUCCCCCAAAAUAAGACAUCUGGCGUACUCUUUUUGUACCCUACCUGCCUGCCCUAGCAACAGGUAACUGACCCAGUACCUACCACAGAUGAGCACUCUAACCAGCCGAUCGCACUACAAUAUUCUAACUUGGCAGCUGCUGACUUUCCAGAGAGCUGCACAUGAAGGAAGAAGGACCUUGCAAUCUGGAAAAAAAGAUCAGGAAUGUAGAUUAUACAAUGCUUUUACGGAGCAUAAAGGGUGAGAGCGGCUGACUGUGAUCUCAUUACCUUCAGCCUCCUGACUUCAGUAUAGUCUUCGUCACUUCAGCUGUACCGUACUGUCAUGGAUCAGGAUUAUCAACGGCGCUUACUCCGGCAGCUGAAUUUUCAAAAUCUUCCUACAACAGUGAAUGAGAACCAACCAAAUAAGUCUGUUGCUGCUGAGUCGUUGUCAAAUGCUCAGAAAUGUGGAGACAGAUUUAUUCCGAUGAGGGCAGGAUCUUGCUGGAGCAUUGAUUUCCACUCUGUUCACGAGAAUGGAAGGUCUCCCAGCCAAAACAGAAGAUCAAAAGAUGCAAGUUCAGAUAAUGGAAAAGAUGGGGUUGCAUAUGCUGCCUUGUUGAAGAAUGAGCUGCUGGGAGCAGGGAUUGAGAAGGUGACUGACCCGCAUACUGAAGACUGGAGCUUCCACUUUCCAAUACAAGAAAAACGACAUCUGUUCAAGUAUGCUGUAACAGGUGGUGGAAAAUUAAGCACAGAUGGUGGAAAUGACAUCUCUCCUUAUUCCCUUUCACCUGUCAGUAAUAAAAGCCACAAAUUGCUACGCUCCCCAAGAAAACCUACCAGGAAGAUUUCCAAAAUUCCAUUUAAAGUCCUAGAUGCUCCAGAACUGCAAGAUGAUUUCUAUCUGAACCUGGUGGACUGGUCAGCAUCUAAUGUCCUCAGUGUAGGGCUAGGUGCGUCUGUGUACCUGUGGAGUGCAUGCACAAGUCAGGUAACAAGGCUUUGUGACCUUUCUGUGGAUGGAGAUUCAGUGACCUCAGUCUGCUGGAAUGAAAGGGGUAACCUGGUAGCUGUUGGUACACACAAGGGCUUUGUGCAGAUUUGGGAUGCAGCAGCAGGGAAAAAAUUGGCAUGUCUUGAUGGCCAUUCGGCAAGAGUAGGUGCCUUGGCCUGGAAUACUGAUCAGCUGUCAUCUGGCAGUCGGGAUCGCCUCAUAUUCCAGCGUGACAUUCGAACUCCACCCUUGCAGUCAGAGAGAAGGCUACAGGGUCACAGACAGGAAGUAUGUGGACUGAAAUGGUCACCAGAUCACCAGCACUUAGCAUCAGGAGGGAAUGAUAAUAAGCUGUUUGUUUGGAAUACCUCAAGCAUGAGCCCAAUACAACAGUACACAGAGCACUUAGCUGCAGUAAAGGCCAUUGCAUGGUCCCCUCACCAACAUGGACUGCUGUCAUCUGGAGGUGGCACAGCUGAUCGCUGCAUCCGCUUCUGGAACACCCUGACUUGCCAACCUCUGCAGUGUGUGGACACAGGCUCACAAGUUUGCAAUUUGGCCUGGUCGAAACAUGCCAAUGAGCUGGUUAGCACUCAUGGCUACUCUCAGAAUCAGAUACUUGUUUGGAAGUACCCUUCAUUAUCACAAGUUGCCAAACUCACUGGACAUUCAUACAGAGUACUAUACUUGGCUAUUUCACCAGAUGGAGAAGCAAUUGUAACAGGAGCAGGAGAUGAGACUCUGAGGUUUUGGAAUGUCUUCAGUAAGACGCGUUCAACUAAGGAAUCGAAAUCCGUCCUCAACCUCUUCACCAGGAUACGGUAGGAUAGAAUGAUUCCAUCACACAGGAAAGCAGAAAUGUCAUUUUCGUUUCCUGAAAACCAGUGGAAGUGUCAUCAAAAACAUUGAAGACAGGUGGCAUACAACCAGUAAAUGAGAUCCAUCCUUGAAGAUGCUUUUAAUGCCAUGUUUGUUCCACUCAUUUGUUUUUCAUCCAGGGAGCUAGAUGAGUCAUGUACAAGGGUUACCUCAUGGACUGAAUGCCAUGUUUUUUAUCCGUUUCAUUUUUAAUUUAUGGAACAUUCAAUACAUUAAAAUUUUCUAAAAAAACACAUGACAUUGGGAGAGAAUAAGGCAAGUUGAUUGGCCUGUCUGGUAAGUUGGAAGAGGACCAGUAAACUGUUUUUGAUA